ACCAGGUACGCAGUCGCCGUUCAUCUUAUAUACACUGCGGAGUCCGGGGGGCCGGGCGGCGACGACGGCUAGCGAAGGCGUCACCUGGGGAAGGAAGCCGGCUGCCUUCCAUAUGAUGUGUGGUCCGAGGCAUGGGGAACGCGGUGCCUGCAGCCCGCCUUCGGGCUCCAGAACUGACUAUUUUGUCGAUGUUAGACGGUCCGACGAGCAAGGCGGAGUUGCAGGGGGCCGUUCUGACAGGAUGGCGCAAGAAAAGGCGUCCCCAGCCUCGGACGAGGGUACUCGAGCCCGUUACGACCGGCAUCGAGGGCGACAAUCAGGGUGCACCAGAGACAGCCGAGGGCGGCCCGACAUCGGGUCGCGCGCCGUGAGAGGUAGCGUUGCCCGAGGGCCGCUUCGUCUAUUUAGAUCUAUUCAUUUAGAAGAAGGCAGUCCGCUUGCUCAGGGGAGGCGGGUGACCUAGCCAAGAGUCCUCGCAG